UUUUAUUUUCUUUAUUAUUUUGAUUUAACAUAUCAUCAUGGUUGUUUGUGUUCCAACGUUAUUUCUGUUCUACUUAUUAAAACUUUUUCCAAUAUUUUUAGAUUCCCCCCUCAAGGGCGUCAAAUUUUUGAAAGAUGUGAGGUUGCAAAAAAGUUCAAUUUUGGGCAGGAUGUGGCCAAGUUUUUAGAGAAGCUGGAGUACUCAGAAGAAUUACAAGAACCUAUUUUGUUCAUUGACUUUUUGCAAAUGAAUCAAAAUCAACGGCAGACUAUACUUAAUUUUAUGGUCCAACGAGGAGCAACAGUUGUUGGUACAUCAGGCACUGUUGUUAAGUUUGACGACUUUGGACAGUUUUAUGAGGCUCAACAAGAAUUGAGAGAUGCACACCCAUGGGCUUUCUAUUCUUCUCCGAACAACACUUGGUCUCCUCUUCAACGCGUGCAAACUAUAAGAACCGCCGUUAUGUAUUUAUACUCUGAAAACAAGUUUGUCAGUAGUGAUAUACAAUUUUUCGAAGUUUGA